AUGUCAGAUCAUCAAUCUUCGGUUCAUCAGGAAGAGCCAAGAAAGCUUAACGUAAGUUUUCGUGUUCUUUGAGGAUGCUAUCAGAAUGUUAUACAUUUCUAACAGUGUUCAGAUGCGAUUGAUGAGGCAAAAGUCAGGCUUGAUCUUGCAAACUCAGAGUAAGGUCGAGUAUGAUAAAAGCCAGAAAAAGCCAAGUUCU